CCUUUUUCAAUCAUCAUGUCCAUCGUAACAUUAUUUGUUGAUACAUCUGACGAAAAAGUCAGUGCAGAAAGACGAUUUGACAAAGCUUUGACUAUCUCUCAACUCAAGUAUAAACUUGAACCUAUUACAGGCAUUCCUUAUUCAACACAAAAAAUCGAAUUGUAUCAGGGAAAUAUUUUACAGGGAACAUUAGAUGAUGAAAAUAGAAUGUUGGGUUCUUAUCCAGUGGAGGAUUACAUGAGAAUUCAUGUUAUCGACACUAAUCCUCAUCGUGUCAAAAAUCAAUAUACCGAUGUCUCUCUUGUUGAAAAAUUUGAAUUAACAGAAGAAGAAUAUAAAAAAAGAUCAGAUACUGUGAGAGCUUUUAAGGAACGUAAUAAACUGGGUCGAUUUUCAGAUGAAGCUGCUGCAAGAGAAGAAGCAAUAGAAAAAGCAUAUAAAGAAGCAGCAAGUAAAAUCAAAGUUGGAGAUCGAUGUGAAGUAGAAGGUGAUGAUCAGACUACUUCAAGACGUGGUACUGUUCGAUUUGUUGGUGAAACAAAAUUCCAAUCUGGUUUUUGGGUUGGUAUUCAAUAUGAUGAACCCUUAGGUAAAAACGAUGGUAGUGUUCAAGGUGAAAGAUAUUUUACAUGUCCUCAAAAAUAUGGUGGUUUUGUUCGUCCUACAAAGGUAACUGUAGGUGAUUUCCCAGAAGAGGAUUUCUCUUUAACUGAUGAUGAACUAGAAGAGAUGUAGAUUACUGUGUACAAUUAAUGUUAUUUGUGAAAUUUUAUGCCAUGUUCUUUUUUUUUUUUUCUCUUACUGAGCAGUCACGAUUGCUCCUUAAUUCUAGAAAGCC